AAAAUAUAUAUAUAUAUAUAUAUUAAAUAUAAAAAGUUUGUUAUAUAAAAGUGUAACAUAAACAAUAUUUUGGUCACUGAGGAAAAUAGAGGAUUAAGGACGCCAUCUGUUGACCAUUUCUAGGACCACGUGAGGUGAUAAUCUUUCAGCAACACCGCAAAAUAAUGUUGAAACAGGCAUAAUAACUUUAAAAAAGUUAGAAACUAUAUUAUAAUACUACGUUACAUAAGCGUUUGAAAACAUAACGCGACAUAACAAGAGUUGCUUUCAAAAAUAUCUUUAAAAAAUUUAAAAAAAGAUACACGUAAAAAAUAACUAAAAAUAAAAGGUAAUUAAAUCAAAAGAAAUAUUGAAUUUCGCUUAAGUUGCGUCGUUGUUUUUGCGUCCUUGGUCACGUGAUGUACGCAUGCGUCGGUGUACGUACGGCAGUUGUCAUGAGUGGCUAAAACGAGCUGUUGGCGCACUGCUGAUGAUAUAACCUGAAAAUAACCCUCUCUGUUCGCUUCGACCUCAACGAAUCGUAUAUUAUUUUAAUAUCACAAGCUAUAUAAACACCAGAACGCGACCGGAGGCUUCGGGACGGACUUAAACAGCAACAUGGAGUGGUUUGCUGAACAGGAUCGAAAGGAGAUGUCCCGCACACACCCACAAGAGCCCAGUGUGGACAGCAUGGCGUCCCUGUGCCAGAGUCAGCAGCGCUGUGUAAAGGCCUCCGUUGCGUGUCAGUGGCAGCUGGCGGAGGCGCAGGACCAGCUGUGUGGUCUGGAGCUUCACGGCUCGGAGUCUGUGGAACAGGAGCACGCUCAAGCUCUGGCUUCUUCCACCGAGCUCUCGCAGAUCGAACAGGAGUGGAAGCAUAAAGAGAGAAUGCUGGGAAGGAGUCCUACGCUGUGUCCGGAGGCCAGUCGAGACGUGUUUGACAAGAGUAUCAUAAACAGUUCUCAAACUUGGCCUAAGGAAUGUGAUCAUGACAAAAGCCAAAGUUUCGUCCAACGUUAUGAGGAGCUGUUAAAACAUUUUGGUAUGUUAAGAAGGUGGGACGACAGCCAGCGCUUUCUAUCAGAGCACCCCCCUCUUAUCUGUGAAGAAACAGCCAAUUACUUAAUUCUGUGGAGCUUUCGGUUACAAUCGGAGCAAAAAGAGGCUUUAAUGGAGCAGGUCGCUCAUCAGGCGGUCGUCAUGCAGUUUAUUCUGGAGAUGGCCAAGAACGCCCAGGAGGACCCACGAGGCUGCUUCCGUCAGUUCUUUCAGAAAGCCAAAGCGGGACAGGAAGGAUACUUAGACGUUUUCCAUAAAGAACUUGAGGCCUUUAAGCAGAGAGUAAUGGAGUAUACAAUGAAAUCAGAAGGAGAAACCCCAAAGCAGACGGCACACCAGAACACAGUGCCAGGCUGUCGCCUCGACCCCAAAGACGUUCUGGAGUCUCUGCCACCGGAUCUAAAAACGUGUAUCCAGAUGCAAGAUAUGCACAUCCUUCAGAACUUGCUGCGCACCAUGAACCCACAGGUGGCAGAAUAUCACCUAAAGCGUUGUUUGGAAGCAGGACUUUGGACAAAUAUCCCCAGAGCCUCUAAAGAGGAGAGUUCAGAAACGGACGAAUGGAGAAUGAUGGAGACCUAGCAGACUCUUCGUGGAGAAACAUCCGUAGGAAUUACACUUUGGUUCGAGAGACAGGAAGAUAAAGGGCUGCGCUUAAAGACGUUUGUUUCGUAUCCGUGCCUGAACGUGUGCUGCACUUUAUAUUCAUUUAAAAGAGGAAAGUAUUUCAAUCAAAGAGGGAGCUGCAUUUCGAGGCUCUUGUGCUUUCGUGCACGUUUUGUUACAGUUCGGUUGCUAACUUGGUUUUGUCCUCCUGUUUUAGAAGCUUGGAAACAAGGCGCACGAGAUGAACCUUCAAGACUUUCUGUAUUGUGUAAUUAUUUUGUUGUUGUUGUGUAUGUUGUUUUGCAGUUAGCAAAGUCAGUGAUCUUCUACACAUUUUGUUGAACAGCCGUUUUCAAAUUUCACAUUUGGAUUUCGCAACUUCCAUUGAACGUUGAACCUACGCUGCUAUCUGAAAGAUGUUUUAUGUUUUGAGCUCAUGGAGGCGGUAGAUUACAGACGUCUUCCUGCAGAUAGUGAAACAAUGUUAUGAAGCAGGACCGCCCUCUCUGCAAGUGUCGAUUUGAGGAUAAACUUAAUUUGCAACCCCACCGACCAACAACACAUGAAAAACCAGCAAUAAUUUGCUAUUUUUAAGUGAGAUAGAAAGUUCACUCACCAUAUACGCCUAAACGGUACCUGAAUCAUCAAGGCCAUGUUAAUGUAAUGAAUGUGACUGUGAGAUGCCAUUCUUGCCAAUAUGCAUCAUAGAUCAUUAACAAAUUGUAACAAUUGCAAUGAAACUGUGCAGAUUGUUUGCAUUGCCUAUUACUGUACACAGCGCAUAUACAGCAAACCCAGGAACUGUGUAAUAUUGAUUUGUGAAGUAUUGAUAACUGUGCAAGCUUUACAAUCAGAUGAAUAUCACAAAUAACAUUUUUAGGACUUAAAUAUUGCAGAUUGAACUUCUUGAAAUGCUUAAUUUUAGAGUAUGUGUUAUGGUUUCACCGUUAUUGUACGCUUGUUUGGUAAGCAAUAACAAAGGUUUUGCAACGGGUAGUUCUAGUCCUCGUUUAAUUUAAACAGUUUUCAUUGCCAGAUACAAAAAUAAACAAUUAGCAGGU